AGGGCUGUAACGAAGCCCAGACAGCUCCUCGUGUCUCCUCAAUUACUCACGGGGCUAACCGAGUUCACCCCUUGUGUAACACGCCUCACUUGACAACUAAGCAGCUAUUUUUCUUGCCGGCACAGUGGCAAAUACCAGCCUCCCUCUCUCAAAACCUCCUCCCGCAGGGGGCGGUUGAAGCAGCUCCAUGCCCAGGAAACUGCCGAGCCAAGGGACACUGUGCAGAACGGCACGAACUGCCCCAAACCAAGGAUGCUUUCUCCCCUCCUCUGCUUGCACCAGCCAGGAAAAACAGCUGUCUGUUUCCUUUGGCAAAAGGGGGGUGUUGAUGAAAGGUGUGGAGCAUUGCUGCCUGCCCAGCCCUGGGUGCAAGCCCUGGGAGCCCAGAGUCUCUCUUUGCUCCAGCAGCCUGAAAGUGAAGCUGUCAGCGGAGCAUCAUUCCUUCCCAGGGAACUGAUUGACUCUGGGAGGGGGUUUUGCACUGUUCUUGGGAGGAAGCAGCAGGGCUGGGUGAUACAUGGCUUGGAAAGCUGCAGUGGUCCCCCCCAUGGAGCUGCUUUUAGAGAUGGGCUCAGCCUCUCCACCGUGUGCCCGGGAGCCAGGAGAGCGGGAGGAGACACGGGGGGCCAUGGGGAGCCCCUCGCCCCCCUGCAACCCCACGGAGGUACAGAUGAGCCAGAUGGUGCUGCCCUGCCACACCAACCACCGCGGCGAGCUCAGCGCCGGCCAGCUGCUCAAGUGGAUCGACACGGCCGCCUGCCUCUCCGUGUUGGGCAAGUUGUCAACAUCAAAGCCAAAGUGAACCGAGCCUUUAACUCCAGCAUGGAGGUGGGCAUCCAGGUGAGCUAUGAGGACCUGUGCAGCGGGAAGCACUGCAGCAUCUGCAAGGCGUUCGCCACCUUCGUGGCACAGGGCCCCUCUGGCACCAAGGUGAAGCUGAAGCCACUGAUCCCACAGACAGAGGAGGAGAAGCUGGAGCACAGCAUCGCUGCCGAGCGCCGGCGCAUGCGCCUGGUCCACAAGGACACCCUCAAGGACCUCCUCACCCGCAGCCCCCGGGAAACUGAGCUGGAGACACGGGAUGGCAGCACGGCAGUGCCGGCCGAGAAGACACGGGUGGAAAGUGUGGAGCUGGUGCUGCCCCCCCACGCCAACCAUCAGGGCAACACCUUUGGGGGGCAGAUCAUGGCCUGGAUGGAGAAUGUGGCCACCAUCGCAGCCAGCCGGCUGUGCCAUGCCCACCCCACACUGCAGGCCAUCGAGAUGUUCCACUUUCGGGGACCAUCGCAAGUCGGGGACCGCCUGGUGCUCAAAGCCAUCAUCAACAACGCCUUCAAAAACAGCAUGGAGGUGGGGGUCUGCGCCGAGGCGUACGGCCAGGAGAUGUCAGUCAGCAGAAGACACAUCAACAGCGCCUUCAUGACCUUCGUGGUGCUGGACCAGGAGGGCCGGCCCCGCACGUUGCCGAUGGUGGCACCCGAGCCGGGGGAGGGAGAGAGGAGGUACAGAGAAGCCAGCGCCAGGAAAAAAAUUCGGCUGGACCGAAAGUAUGUUGUCUCCUGCAAACAGACUGAGAUGCCACUCUCCGUGCCCUGGGACCAAAGCAACAAGGUUUAUCUGAGCUACAACAAUGUCUCUGCACUGAAGACGCUGGUAGCCAAAGCCAACUGGACACUCGCCAGAGAAAAGGAAAAGGUGCGGAUGUACACGCUGGAGGAGGACAAGUUCCUCUCCUUCCGCAUUGAGAUCUCGGUCUGCAUCUCCGCCGACCAAGCCUUCUCCCUGCUCUCCGACCUGCGGCGCCGGCACGAGUGGGACAGUCACUACACGAGUGCUGAGCUUGUCCAGCAAGUAGAUGACGACGACAUGAUCUACCACGUGGUGAGCCAGACGCUCAGCCGCGAGAACAAGCCGCAGGACUUUGUCAUCCUGGCGUCCCGACGGAAACCCUGCAGCAAGGGGGACCCCUACGUGGUGGCCUUUCGGUCGGUGACGCUGCCCACCCACCCAGCCAGCGAUGCCUUCACGCGGCAAGAGACGCUCUGCUCCGGCUUCUGCAUCUGGCCGGAGUCAGAGGGGAUGAGCAAGGUGGCUUACUACAACCAGGCUACACCAGGGUACCUCAACUAUGUCACCACCAACGUGGCAGGACUGUCCUCCAGCAUCUGCGCCACCUUUGAGGCCUGUGAGAAGUUCCUGCUGAAGAACAAGGAGGAGCUGAUCAUACGGCUGUAGGGCCUCUAGAGCCAUGGCACUCCUCCUGACAGACAGACAGACAGACGAGGGGGCAUGGGAUGGUGGUGCCCAGACCCUUCAUCCUUGGGGACUUUGUCCUGAGUGAGGUCCCAGGGGUUGGGGUGGAGGGCAUGACAGCACCACCUCCCUCCUUGCACUGACACGUCCCAUUGCUUCUUCCUUGUUUUUUGGGGUUUUUUUUAGAACUUUUAUAAGCUGAUGUACAGGACUUGGUUUUCUAAUUCACUUAACCCUACUUGAAUCUUUAUAGGAUCCAAAGUCUUCCUAAGACAGAUUUUAUUUUUACUGUAUCUUCAUGGGAGGAAACUGGUUUCCUUCCAGGCAGCAAAGGGAGUAAGGGGACAGGGAUGUGGGGAGGGUGCUGUACCCCCCCCCGCACCCCAGUGCAGGGGUGGCUGUCAGAGCAUCCCACCCCACUGUAGCUGCCCACUCCUGGCAAACAGCCCCUGUGACACCCCACCCCCCAGGGCUGGGGCAGGAGUGCCAACAGAAGUGCAUCAAAAGGAAAAAUACCUGUAUUUGGGUGAGGGGCUGCUCAUGGGGGGGUCACUGUGUGACUGCCUGGCCAGUGAGUGUGGGGCACGGGUCCUGCACCCACAGCACACCCCAGGCACUUCCCUCGGUGAGGAGGGGGCCAGGGCUGCUUGGGGUCACCCAUCCAGAGUUCAGAAGGACAUGGAGGGUCCUUUGAGGCAGGACUGUGGGUUGCAGGAAGAGGGGGGGCGGGGGGUGUCAGCCAGUGCUCUGAGUGGCUUUUGGGGACAGCCUAGAGGCAGUGCCACCAGGGCAUGAGAUGGGCAGGCACAGAAGGGGGGCUGCCCCUCAUCCCCACCCGUUGGGUGCACCCACCCAGGCUUUCCUGGGUCAUAGGGCCAGAGGUUUGCUGGUGGCAUGGAGGUUUCAGGAAGGCUGGCUGCCUGCUGGGAAGGGAAUGUGCCCUGGGAGCCCCUGGGCAGGCAGAGCUGUGGGCACCGCAGGUUUAACACAGCCCUGGGGGUGGCAGCUGUGACCCCCCCUUGGCUAUGCUGGAAGACCCCCUGUGUGCUUAACCCCAGCAAGGGUUUUCAGAGCUUAAACCUGACAAGCAGCAGUGAUGCCUGGGGCAAGAUGAGGCUGUGGGGCACCAGAAAUGAGUACAGGGUCUUCUCCAGGCACCCCAAGGGGGUUCUUCACUCUGCAGCACCCUGUCCCUACAAAGGUACUUUACCACCCAAAUUCCUCACUGAGUUCAGCAGCAGAAGGAGUUGCUGGCCCCUCUAAACAGGGGCUAGGCAGCAGCUCCCACCUCUGGAGCCAGCUGUGGCCAUGAACUCCUAAUCUCUGCUGUAUCUCCCAUCAUAAACAUCUCCGGGCCAGGCCUGGCACUGCCCUGGCCUCCCCUGCCUGCACUAUCACCCCCAGAUAAAGCUGUCUCAAGCUGCACAUAGUACAAAACACUCAGUUUUUAUAGAGCCCUCUUUAUCUCCCAGAACUCAGAACAAUCCCACCUUUUUAUCACUGGGAUGUGAGCCAUCCUUUCUGCUCACUGUUAGGAAUUGCUGCUGCUUGAUGAAGUGCAGGGAAUGAUGUAUUUGCCUGAACAUUAAACUUUAACUGACCUCUCCUG